CCUUCCUCUCCAUCCCUUUUUCCCAUAGCUUCGGAAUUCGUCAAAGUCGACAAGAUGAUUUUCGGUUACUCUUCACUUUUCUUGUUGUCUUCUAUGUUGGCCACGACAUUAGCGAGAAAACGCGCCACGAGUAAUGACAGCUGUCAAGCACUGAGCAAAACAUUCCGUACGGAAACCUAUAUGUCUUCCAAUAGCAGUUACAAUGCUCACUCAGAAGAGAAUUGGUAUGCUCUCUGCUACCUACUUCAAUGGAGACCAAAGACUGACCUUUCUGUCUAGGUCACAAGUUGCUUGGAAGAAACCAACGUGCAUCAUUACCCCAGCCACUACAACAGACCUCCAGUCUAUAGUGAGGAUGCUUAUGGAACUCAACCAAAAGUUUGCGAUCCGAAGUGGUGGACAUUCAACCGCUCCAGAAGCGGCUAAUAUUGAUGAUGGCGUAUUGGUCGACAUGUCGCUCAUCAAAGAGGUGACUUACAAUGCAGCCAAGAAUACUGUUGUCGUUGCAUCAGGAAACAGAUGGUAAGUCAUUUUCCUUGGCUUUCUAACUCUGUUGAGAUUCGUAUUUCAGAACUAAACCAAAAACAGGGGCGAUGUCUACAAGGUUCUAGACCCUUUCAAUAUCACGGCUGUUGGGGCAAGAAUCAUGGAUGUGGGGGUGGGGGGAUCGAUACUUGGAAGUGGGCUCUCGUAUCUUACUGAUCAAUACGGAUUGGCUUGCGAUAACGGUUAGAGUCUCGCAUAGCCCUGUGCUAAUUCUAAAUUAAUCUCUCGCUAGUUAUUAAUUUCGAAGUCGUACUUGCAAAUGGGUCGCUUGUUACUGCAAACAGCAACGAAAACCCUGAACUCUUUUGGGCUCUAAAAGGAGGAACCAACAACUUCGGUAAGAUAACCAAUCGAGCGUUCAUCUGGCUUUCUAACCACCUUCUUGCAGGCAUUGUAACCAGAUUCACGAUAAACACUUUCCCACAAGGAUACGUUUGGGGUGGUAUCAAGGGGUAUACCAAUGCACAGUUACCUGCACUUCUCGAAGCUCUUGCAAUCUAUCAAGCCGACCCCAAGAAAGACCCCAAGGCCAAUCUGAUGUUACAGUCUGCAGUGACGAACGAUACCAUCGGUACUCUUCUCAAUAUCGUCUAUCUUGACCCUGUCAUUGCACCCAAAGCGUUUGCUCCAUUUUAUGAUAUCCCAACUGCCUGGGAUACAACCAAAAUUCAAACUCUUAGCCAGUUCAUGGUAGGUGCCGUUUUGCCACCUAUUCCUCGGUAAGCUACAAAAAUCUAUAUUCGAAGAGGAUACUAAUUAUUUGUCAAGGUGGGAUUUCCAUACCACGUCUUUCCGACCAAACAAGGAAAUACAUGAGAAGAUCCACAAGAUCAUAACCAACCCAGAAGAACUCGCUAAUCUCAAAAAGAUCACCGCUGGAACGAUCGUACUCGGGUUUCAACCGAUCUCAGCAGCUGUGGCGGGGCACGGAACUAAACGUGGAGGCAACGCCCUCGGUCUCAAUCCGGUUGCACAAACCUGGAUGGUUGCUGAUACUGCAUGGUGGCAUAAGGAGGACACUAAAACCGCAACUGAUUUUGCGGCCAACAUGCUCAAGAAAGUCGAUGUAGCCACAAAGGCUUCAAAUCUUUAUGAACCAUACUUGUUCAUGAACGAUGCUGCUCGUGAGCAGCCCGUCAUUGCCAGCUAUGGUGCUAAGAAUGUUGCCAGGAUGAAGAUCGUCCAAUCAAUGUACGAUCCAUUUUGUGCUUUCCAAAAACUUGUUGUUGGGGGCUUCAAGCUUGGUAGUUAUUUCUCAUAA